CUUCUCAACUCAAGCGAUUUUAUUUCUACACACACUAGGCCAUUCUACACAUACGCAGAGAUUUUGCAUUGGCUGUGCAGAAAUUGUUUUUGAUUUCUCUUUCCGGUAAGUUUAAUUCGUAAGAAUAUUAGCUGUAUAAAAUGUAUAGUAGCUGAUGUAUAAAAUACGAAACAAAUGAUGGGUCGAACUGCACCAAACUCUAUAUGUGACUAACUAAUUUCCAUUACUUCACUUUGGAUUAUGGGAGUUUUAUGGGAGUUUAAAUCGAAGCCUCCAUUGAAUUACGGCCACAUAAUAAAACAGAAAUCGAAGUACGAGAAAUACGGUAAUGUAGUAAAAUUUUAUUUUUUAUAAAAAAAGAUUUAACAAAUUUUUGCUGUCAAAAAAUAUAACUCAGUAUUCAGCUUUCAGUUAAAUGUCAGAAACAUUUUUGUUUACUUGUGAAUUAAGUUUUUACUGAAAUCAUAAUAUAUUUUUUCGACUCUACACAACUUCAAAAUUCAGCUGGUCUAUGUAAUGUACUAAAAAUCUUAUGUUAUUGAAAAAUUUGGGAUUUCGCACAAAAAUUAAAAACGGAAGUCCCCAAAAUCUACAGUCAUUUUUAAAAUUUUAAUAUUCAAAACAAACGUACGGAAAUGAGUCUUCACGUCACCUAUGACGAUAACGAAAUUAAUGAAUCUGCAGAGAAUCAAAAUCUACCGUUUUUUGUAGGCAGAAAUAUUGGCGGAAAACAGUCCUUUGAUUGCCCCUCAACUAAUGGCCACGUUAUAAAAACAAGACAAAAGUUUGUCAAUUUGGAAAAAAUGGCGGCAAAUUCAAAUCCAGUGGUCCAUUCAGUUAAACCUGAUCUGUUAGCAUUAAAACCUGGCAAGGUUACACACAUGCGUGCCCAUUUCAGUUCCAUUAACAACAGUGAAAUCACUUUUCCUCGAGAAUUUGAUUUCAAGGAGACGCGAAAUAAAAUAAAAAGUUUGUUGCACAGUCACUCUGAUGAAAGCCUUCCAAGAAAUGGUAUGGUACAACAGUUGGUUCGAAAUCUGGAAUGCAAUAUUAGGACUCCAGUAUUAGAAGGAAACCCACAUGACAUGUGCAUAAACCGAUCACAUGCAUGCGAUAAUGAGUCAACCGAAACUACGGAUGAUCUUGAAAUAAGGCAGUAUAACUGUUUAUGCGAGGGUAAGAAAACUCAGUGAGGACCCAGUUUGUGUCAAGAAAAAGACGAAUUUAUUUAACAAAUACGUUUAACAUCAACACUAGAAGUCCCAAGACUAAUAAAACUAAGAUAUGAAGUCUCUGGAGAAGUCGUGACACAGAUACGACAACACUCGAUGUUGUUUACUAAUAACAAUGAACUUAUCGGAACUCGUCACGUCCUUGUCUUAUUUUGUACAAACCCGUGAAUAUUUUGAACAUAAAAUAUAUCACAUGCCAACUAAAAUAUUUAACAAAUCCGUUUAGGAUCAAGACUAGAAAUUCCAAGGCUAAUAAAACUAAGAUAUAACGUCUCUGGUAUCAACUAUUACACCUAAAGUAAAUCAUCUACAUACUAUAAAUACGAAGAGGUCGUAACAUAACACAGAUACGAAAACACUCGGUGGUAUUUACUAAUAACAAUGAACUUAUCGGAACUCGUCACGUCCUAGUCUUAUUUUGUACUAACCCGCGAAUAUUUUAAACCUGAAAUACAUUACACGCCAGCUAAAA